GGAGCAGCCAAUUUGAACUGCAGCUAGAACAACAACAACAAAAAAAACAACGCCCUGUGUUGGGAUCUUAUAAAUGACUCAAGGAAAUAUAGGAAUAAAUGAACGGAAUUCUUGGUGGUUUACAGGAAUACAAAAAGAAUUAAAAUAUCCUUGACAAAAACUGGAAUUGCUUUGCUAUAUGAUGAAAUAUCUGAAAAUGCCUAUGAAAUCCGACUGAAGCUUUCAAAAGAGGUACUAACAAUUCAAAAACAAGAUGUCAUCUGUGUUAGUGGAAGUGUUCCCAAUGCAAAUAACCGUUAAACUUCGUAGACAACCAAUUGGCGGCUUGGGCUUAAGUAUAAAGGGUGGUGCUGAGCAUAAAGUGCCUGUUGUUAUAUCAAAAAUACUUAAAGACCAAGCAGCAGACCAGUCAGGAAUGCUAUUUAUUGGAGAUGCUGUAAUACAGGUUAACGGCAUAAGUGUAGAAGGCGCUACCCACGAAGAAGUGGUGCAACUACUGCGAAAUGCUGGCGAUGAAGUUGCCAUCUCCGUUCAAUACCUCAGGGAAGCACCAUCAUUUCUAAAGCUCCCAUUGGGUUCCCCUGGACCUUCAAGUGAUCACAGUAGUCGUGCUUCUUCUCCUCUCUUUGACAGUGGUUUACAUUUAAAUGGAAACUCAACAAAUACAGCACCAUCAUCACCUUCUUCACCCACAGCUAAUGAACCAAAAUAUGAGAAGCGUUGGCUGGAUACCUUAUCAGUUCCUUUAUCAAUGGCUCGAAUUUCGAGGUACAAAGCUGGAACAAAUAAAUUAAGAUCUAAUGCAUUUGAAGUACUGGCACUCGAUGGAAUUAGCACUGGGAUACUUCAGUUUUGUUCAGCGCAGGAGAGUGCUGACUGGCUGCGAGCAUUAUCAACUAACAUCAGUGAUUUGACACUACAAAAUAUGAAGAUGGCCAACAAAUGCUGUUCUGCCUCAGACCAGGUGAUACAUAUGGGGUGGGUGAAUGAGAGACUCCAGGGAGAAGAUUCCCCCCAACUGUAUACAUUCAAGUUCCUGGCACUGAAGGGUUCAUCAUUCUAUAUUUUCAGCACCCCACCGGUAAGCACAUUAGACUGGAUACGAGCUGAAAAAACCUAUAACCUCUGUGAGGUUCUAUUUAAAAUUCACAAGCUCUGGCUCAAUAAUGACUGUUGGCUACAAGCAAAUUUAUAUUUGGGUAUUCACCAAGACUAUGAACUUGAAGACCAGAGACCAUAUUGUUUCAGUGCUGUGGUUGGACAUGGCAAGAGUCAUUAUUUCAACGUGGAACUGGGAAGUGAGCUGGCAAUAUGGGAGAAAUCAUUUCAAAGAGCAAUCUUUUUGGAAGUUCAGAGAACAAGGUCUAAAACCUAUAUGUGUUCCUGGCAAGGACAAAGCCUGUGUUUCACCUUAGAUUUUGCUGUGGGAUUCACAUGUUUUGACAAUAAAACAAAGAAGAUUCUCUGGAGAUUUAAAUUUUCUCAGCUCAAGGGGUCAUCAGAUGAUGGAAAAACUCGAGUUAAACUUCUUUUUCAGAAUAUUGAAACAAAACAAAUUGAGACAAAGGAACUAGAAUUUCAGGAUUUGACAGCAGUUUUAAACUGCAUUCAUUCGUUUAUAGCUGCUAAAGUUGCAUCGGUGGAUCCAUCAUUUAUAGACAGCCAAUUCAUUGCAAGAAAAUAUACUUACAGUAAUUAAGAGAACAAUGUGUUGUGAUUAUAACAGAUAGAUUAUUUUCUUAAAGAAAAAAAAUUUCAUGUGCACUACUACAAUUCCAUGUAAUUUUAUAAGAGAUCUAUAGUUGUAUUAUCAAUAAAAGCUACUAGUUUUCACAUUUGAUUCAUCAUUAUUAAAGCUGAUGAGUUAAGUUUUUAAUCAAACUGAAUCAGUUUAUU